AUGUCAACAUCCGAGACAGCGUCCGCAAUGGAGACGAAUAUACCACCUAUCUUUGGCGAUACUGCUCAAAAGCUGAUUGAGUGUAACCAGAAACUAUCGGAGUUAGGAAUUGACGACACCAUCAAGAUUCCUCGAUUAGUCGUGAUUGGAGACCAAUCUACAGGAAAAUCAUCACUGAUUGAAGGGAUCUCAGGGUUCGCCAUACCCAAAAGUGCUGGAACUUGUACAAGAUGUUCACUGGCUAUCAAUCUUAGUGACUCUAAGGACGCAGAAACCCCGUGGAAAUGCACCGCUUACAUCGAGGAAAAGUACAGUUACAACCCUCAAGAAAAGUCCAUCACAAGCACGAACCCACUAGGUCCAUGGCAGUUGCGAACGGAAUCACAGACUAGCCUCAUCAAGGUCACGCAGGACCGCAACGAAUUGUGUCAGCUGAUCGAAGGAGCACAAAAGUUGAUUCUGAAUCCCGAGCGCGAAUCGAAUAGCCUGGCGGACAUUAGUACGCUCAAAAAUGACGCCGAACGGUUCUCACCCAACACAAUUAGACUUGACAUAUGCGCGUCGGGAUGGCCUAAUCUAUCUUUCGUCGAUUCACCGGGCGUCAUUUCAACCGCGGGAAGAGGUCAGCCUCGGUUUUCCGUUGCUCUUGUCGAGAACAUUGCAACAGAACAUGCGAAGGACCCUAACAAUAUUAUACUACUCACCUUGCCAAUGACACACGACUUCGAUAAUUCUAGGUCGUUUGGUAUCGUUGAGACGCAUAAUACACACGCGCGAACCAUUGCAGUUUUUACCAAGGUCGACCUUGCCAGACAGGAAGAGCGUGAUAAUUGUCUCAGCAAAUACUUCCAGGCCGAUGGAGAAGAGGAGGAGUUUGGUUACGGUCAGCAUAUUGUAAUGCUCGGCUCCGGCGAUGAGGACAAAUUCUUCCAGCAACAACCGUGGUGCAGCCUCGCCGAAGAUGUUCAGUCCAGGCUAGGUACGCGCAAUCUGGUUGAGCGGAUUCGAGAAAUAUUGUUCGAACAGACACGCAAAGGUCUUCCAGAGAAUCUUCGCAGCAUCAGGUACCGCCUAACCCAAGUGUACCGCCUUCUUCAAACCCUACCUGCACCUCCAAAUACUACCGAACUUCCAUAUAAACUUCAACAGCAAUUCUCCGACUUCGAGAAGGGUGUCCAGUCAAUGUUUCAGACUGGAUCUGUCUCUCGCUCGAGAUUAAAAAGCUUAAUGGUUGGUUUUGCUCGUACAAUCGAAGAAACUAAGCCCACGAGCAGUUUUAUCGCUGAGGAUGAAGCUACUGAACUCGAAGAAGCUACUAAGCAGUUAAGCGAGGUAUCUAGUUGCGAAGUUGGCAACGAUAUUAAGAGAGACGAAGCUAUAGGCGCUCAAGCAGCCGGUAAGAAGGUAAAGGCGAAGCUCCGCGCCUACGAUUUCGAACUUAAUGAGAUCUAUGGAGUCAACAGCGACAAGUGUCAUUCAGAUACACCUGGUCUAAUAGAGCCUCAGGCCAUUGAUGAGAUGUACAAAAUGAGUGUUCAGCAUUGGAGUAGAGCGCUCGACACGUUCAUACAACAAGUUUGUCAGCUUGUUAGUCACAAAGCUCGAGAAUGUGUUAGCACAACCUUCGGGAAUCAAAAACACCUUCCAUUGUAUCAAAGUGUUCUCUCGGCUACGGACAAAUGUAUUGACGAAACAUUCAAAGAGGAGGAGGUUUUCCUCAAGCGGAAAUGCAAAGCCGAGAAAGAAACACUAUUUACCCUUGACGAGACAUCAUUCAAUAAAUACGAACAGAAGGCUGUUAAGGAGAGUCGGCAAGCAAGAAUUGAGGCACGGUUGAAGGUCGAGAACACUGCACAAGAAGCCGCCUUUGUGGGAAGAAAGGGUAAGCCGAAGCCGAUGGAUGAGGGGUCACUCGGCGUCGAUGAGUGGGAUCUUGAGAUUCAGAUGUUCGCGAAAGUUACAGCUCACUAUGUUCUAGCCUCGAAACGACUGAUUGACAGCAUUUGCCAAGACAUCCUGACCUCCCUUAUACCUCGACUACAGAGAGAACUGGUUGGCUUCGUUACGUGUAGAAUUGGUCUAGAUAAUACGGAUGUUGAGAGGAAGAGUGCUACUAUUGCUGAACUUAUGUGUGAGGAUCACGAACGAGAGGCUAAGCGCCAGCGUCUACUACGAGAGCAGAAGAGUCUGGAGGAGGGCUACAGACAUAUUUGCAGAGUCCUCGGUUCUGUAUCGACAGAUUCGGAUGCUGGCUUCGAAGUGCUAGGGCUGGAGGAGGCUAUGGAUCUUGACGUUCUGAUGCAGAACGCGAACGAGAACCCAGGUGCCUCUACACCAACUGCAUCUCCAAAGAAGAGAAAGACACACAAUGACGGCAAUGGCUCUGAUGCAGCGGAGUCGCCUACAAAGAAGAAUAGGCGGAGCGCGACCAUCGAUCUUGACGGUGUUGAGGAUUAUAGCACCAGCACACGUACUCGUCUUACAAGCCGCAACAAAUCCAAAACAUCUGGACGCGAAGCUUAA